AUGGCUCCGAGGAUCUCAUUCUCAGCCGACUUUAUUAAUGUUCCGAUCAAGAAUGAGGGUGGGUAUCGAGAGCCACCAGUUUCAUCUGAUUUUGAGUUUUCGGUUUCUGGGUAUUCGAUGAUUUCGGCUGAUGAGGUUUUUUGUAAAGGAAAGUUGAUGCCUUUGAAGGAGGAGAGUUGUUCUAAGAUGAGUACUAGUACUCUUAGAGAUGAGCUUUUAGUUAAUGAUGAUGAUGAUGAACAAAAUCAAGACGUCUUGCCAAAGAUUAUACCGAGAAGAAAUGGUGUUGGCGGGUGGCGAGAGCGAUUAUUGGGUCUAAAACGAGGCGGGUUUUCGCCUAAGAGGGAUCAUGAAAAUAGGGCUUAA